CUUGAUGCUUGGUCUUGGUGAUAUGGCUAUUCCUGCAAUGCUUCUAGCAUUGGUCCUCUGUUUUGAUCAUCGAAAGAGUAGGGAAACGGUAAAUCUUUUAGAUUUACAUUCCUCUAAGGGGCACAAAUAUAUAUGGCAUGCGCUUCCUGGAUAUGCUGUUGGACUAGUAACUGCACUUGCGGCUGGCAUUUCGCUCACCUCAACCUGCUCUCCUUUAUCUGGUAUUUUGUCAUUACAGCUUAUUGAAACUUGUUGACCCUCUAUAUUUAUUAUGAGUUUUUGGAAACAUGAUGUACUCAU